AAACGCAAGAGACUCAUGUAAUUUCCUCUUCUGUACAAUAUAUUGCAUUACUUGUCAGCCAUCUGAUGACGUCCAGGAAAGAAGAUAAUAAUGUCAAGAUCUGAGCUGUGGCUGCCGGGACGCCUUCGAGGCGCUUGAAUGUGCACGUUAGAAACAGGCUGAAGAUGCAGGGGGCCAUUGCACGAAUGUGUGUGGUGGUGGCCGCUGCCAUAUUGAACCAACCCUUGCUCUUUCCUCAAGAGAACACCACACUCCCGGACCAGGAUGAGGAGCUGAUUGCUCGCAUGCGGGAGCACGAGGCGAGGCUGGAAGUGGAGCAGGCCAGGCUGGAGAAGGAGCUUUCACUGCUGGACUCAAAGCAGGAAGAGACCGGCUCGGAGGAGGGUUAUAGCUGGUACUUUUGGAGCGCUGUGUCUUUUGUCAUAUUCUUCACAAUCGAGAUGUGCAGGGUGGAUCUUGCCGACACAGAAAUCCGGCCAGUGGAGGACGAAGACGUUUUUUCAGAGAGUGGAUCCGUCACCCCUGGGACGGUGGUGCUGGACAAGGAUGUCCUGAGCAACUUCUGUGACAAAUCCACCUACAUUUCAUCCCACGAUAACUGGAGGGUGAGGGAGUUUGUCGAGGGUUUCGCUGAUGACUUGCUGGAAUCGCUCAGAAGCGUGUGUGACAGGGAUGCAGACAUGGAAGUUGGAGACUUUGUCGGGAUUGGAAGCAUGUUUGAGUCUUGGAAGGUGUGUAAGCCGCUGGUGUGUGACCUUAUAGUGCCUUUCUCGCCUCCAGAUCCGUACUCCUUCCAGUUCCACCUGUGGUGCAGCCCGUCCAGCGACAUGCCUCCAGACGUGCAAGGCUGUGGCAAGAUAAAGGUGACCAGGUUUGGGGAGGAUGAGGAGGACUGUCUCUGUGGCUCUGCUAACCUGGGCGAGGACAUGCUUUGUCUGUUGCACAGCAGGAAUGACGCGCUCAAAGUGGACCACAGUCCUGACGAACUGCUGUGCUCCAGGAACACACCUUUCUUAGCCAAGGAUCAAGUCAUGAAGUGGUUUCAGAUCUCUGUAACCAAAGCGUGGGGGCGCAUCUCUCACAAAUACGACUUCGAGGUCACUUUUCGCAACCUGGAUGCCGCCGGUGCUCUGAAGAUCCGAUUCCGUUCAGGGAAAGUCAUCGUGUUGAACAUCAUACCGGUGGUUCAGCUGGAGGAUACAGAUGCUUAUUUUGUCUCACACUUUCCAUCAGAGUGUGACAGCUAUGCAGACCCAUACUGGCCGCUCUCUUUUGCUGUCUACGAGAGGAAUUUGCUGAAACAUUUCGCUAAACGCCUACCACAAAAUUCCUGUCAUUUACACUGCCUUCGGAUCGUUACUUUCUUACACAGAAAGCAGACAGGGCUCACAGGAAAAUGUGCCCUUACUAACUACCACAUAAAGACCGCUCUGUUGCACCUGUUGCUGAGUACAAGGCCCUCGGCGUGGGGCACUGAGAGUGUGGAGCAGAGGCUUCGGGAUGUGCUCAGCUUCUUGCAGAGGAGCCUGCAGGAGAAGAGACUUCAUCACAUCCUGAUUGGGAACAGUAAAGUGCCAGAAGACGUCCGGGUUCCUGAGAUCAUUCGAAAAGCUGAGCCCAUCAAUCUGUUCCGGUCUCUGGUGUUGCAGAGGGAACUUCAUGAAGCAACAGUCAGACAUUUCCACGAGAUGUUGAGAAAUGCGCCUGUGCUCAUACAAGAGUACACGCCUCACUUCUCAAAUGGAGGUUUAAACCACAGCCUUGAUGUCUGAAUAUUUUCUAACUUUUAGUACGAGCAGAUCUUGAAAGAUCUUUCAGCGUUACCACGAAUAAUGUUAAUAGCUGAACCAGAUACACGAGUACUGCCAUGGAAAGGUGCAUAUACAUACAGCACUUAUUUUAGUUAUGGCUGAUAUGUAGACAUGUAGUGUUUUUUGCUGCGGCUGCUUUCUUUACACUCGACAGUGUAAUCAGUGUAUUGAGAAUAGGGCCUCUGAACAAAGCAUAGCAAUGUGCCAACAGUGGGUUCUGUUGUUCUAGCGGCAAAACAGAUUUGAUUGGUAUAUAGUAUAUCGUUUAACUAUGUAUAGUUAAUAUAUUCAGUCUAUAAGACUUACUGAACUUUAAUAGUCGUAGUGCUUGUUUUAGAGGCCUAACUCAAUAUUUACCUGUAAAAAGACGAGGCACUUUUGUCAGCCGGAAACAUUUCAACAGAAAUACCUCUUGUAUAUUAUGCCAGUUUAUCCGGAAUCAUUUACCAACCAGUAUCGCAGCAUUUUUGUCUUCAUUCAUACUGCUGCGAAUCAAACGGCAGCUAUAACAUUUUGUAAUGUUCAGUGUUAAGUGCUCAAUUUCUUACUGCGUAUUAGAAAGCGAGGUUUUGCGUUUGAAUGUUUUUUUUUUUUUUUUGUCUCUCCAUCUUUGGUGGAGCUCCAUUUUAUUGAAUAGGAAGACUCUUUGCAGCCUGUGAGGGAAAACUAGUGAUGGGCAGAUGAAGCCUGACUGUAUGAAGCCUUGGGGCUUUGUUUCUAUUUGUGCCAAAAAACAAUUGAAGCUUCAAGAAGUCUGCGUGUCAUCAAGUCUGUAUACUUUUGUUCAAAAGUAAACGGAUUUAAUGUAGCAUUAAAUGUAGAUGUUAUUGUGCAACAUGUUACAAUACAACAGUUAGGCGUUGUCCAAAAAGAGCUGAAAUUAUUUUGCUAAAAUGAAACAACAAUGUACUUUUUGGCGUAGACUUGGCGUGACAUUUCAUAUGAGUCACAAUGUGAUGUGAUUGGAGAGUGAUUCAUUAAAUUAGCCUACUACUUUUAUUACAUCAUUACUUGUUCGCAUGAAGAAAUGUUCUCAUCACAGGAGUGAUGAUCGGCAUGAUCGGCCCAUCUCUAGAGAAAACACAAUGCCUUUUUUUGUUGUAGAAAAUUCUGACUCAGGUCACAGUCAUUACAUCUCCAGUUUUUAUUAGAAAAAUGCCAAACUUUGGGAUUAAUAACUGAACACCUUUAAUCAUAUUUACCUCACUGUACCUCAUUCCCGUUAUGGUGAGUUCAUAUUUUCCCCUCAAUAACAAGGGAAGCCUUAAUAGUCCAAUACAAAUAAAUUUCCCCUUCAUUGUAUCCCUUAAAUGUUAACUCAACAUUGUAUUCACCAUUUUAUUUUGUGUACAGACUCCAGAAUAACCAUGACCACAAAAAACAAAAAACUGGACGGUUUAAGGUUUUGGUCGCCUAGUUUCUACAGGCCAUAGUCAUAGUUGGGUUUCCCCUCAACGUAAGUCUUGUAAAAGGCCUUGUAGGUGUCCAAACUGUGCAUAGUGGCUUUGACAGCCGGGUCCUCCGACAUGCACUCACUCCACUUCUUCAGCUCAGGUGUGUCAUCAAGGCAGCUGAAAAGGGAAUCAAAUCACUCACCAAAGAUCAAAUUACCACACAUGGACAUAAAAUGUCCUCAUGAAAUUAACAGACGUCAUGAAGGAAAGAUGACAAAGAAGACAACACGCAUGAUUCCCUGCUCUUAACUGUACUUAUGUUUGUACUUUACUGAAUAUUUGUACUUUUUGCUGCCCUCUAUGGUGACCUUUAGUGCUUUGACAUGCUUUCAUUAAUAAAAUGUAUUUAUUUUUAAAUCCUA